AUGAUCGAUAUAAAUAUUCACAAUAUCUUUUUCAAGUCGUACUCCAUCGAUCCCAAUUCUGGUCACUCCAUUUACGUCUUCGAUUCUACUUAUCUCCCAGAUCCGGAAUCAAUAGGCAAUGACAAGCAAUUGUACGAUUUCUUGAUAGACAAAUUGAUGGACACGUUGAUUAGUAAACUACCAGCUUCUCCCUUCUCUCUAGUUGUAUUCUCUUCAGGUUUUUCAGAGAAGAAAAUAAGCUGGGUAUAUGGUGUCAAAAUGUUCGCAAAGAUACCGAGGGAGAUGAAAUACUAUCUGCAGAAAACUUAUAUUGUUCAUGAGUCGUUCUUCAUUAGAACCGUAUACCAAGUUCUGUCCAAUGCCAUGAGUAUCAAGUUUUUGACGAAGUUGAAUAACUAUAACACUGAGAUAUCUCCUUUGGAGGAAGAUUCAAUGGAGAACUCCUCCUUCUCUAUGGUUCAUAUUCCCGAUCUCACUACACUAUCACACCUCAUCGAUAUAACAAGACUGAGAAUAUCGUUGAAUGUGUACUUACAUGAUUACCAAAUAAACGAAUACAUCGACGUUCCGCAAGAUUAUUUCACUCGUUUACCACAAAUCAGCAUAAAGAAAUAUCGACAGCUUAUCUUUGACAAGAUAUUCAAAAAAUUACAAAAUCAGGCAAUUGAAAUCAGUUUGAUUUUCCAGAAACCCGGAUCAUAUAAAAAGGUGAAUAUUUUCCUUGAAGCAAUGGAGAGAAACAAUUACAUCGAUUUAUCCCAAUGGGAUAUAUAUUCGCUGGCUUCCGUGUUUCUUAAUUUCCUCAAAACUAAGGCAAAGACAUUGGUCCCCAUAGAUUUAAUAAGACUGCCUAUUGAUGAUACAGUGGACUACACGUUUCAAACAUUUGUUGAAAUCACCAAUUUUAAUGGGUAUUUCGACUUGUUCAGUACCAUUAUCCCAUUGUUUAUAUCAAUCAUCGAUAAUUCAGAAGUGACAAAACAUAACUCAAAAUCCUUGAGUAAAGCACUAGCACCUGCACUUUGUAAGGAGAAACUUUCGUUAAACAAUAGUGCGAGACUAGCAGUUGGGACGAGAUUUAUUAAAAAUUUACUAGAACAUUUUGACAGCAUUUUAGAGUUAUACAAGUCGCGAAAUAUCGAACACCCUGCGGCCUCCCUAAAAGUGAGGCAACCACGACUUACGUCCCAAAACCUUGAAGCACCAACGCCACCACGACCAAGGAAGACAAGUCCUACAAAAUAUACACAGGAUAGGAUUAAAAAUGAUUCUAGAAUGCCCAGCGCAGGCGAAUCUGUUGUCUCAACUGAGUCAGGGUCGUCUGGACGUUCGGAAAAGCUCGAAAGACAACUGAAACAAUUAUCUCUACCUCAAAAUGAACAGUUGGGUCCAACUCCGCCCCUCAUACCACCAGUAGCUCCCCAAACUGUUAAACCUAAACCAUCAGUACAUAAUCUCGUGCAACAGUUAAAGGGUAUAGGCAUUGAACAAACACCAUCACGUAAUGUGAGCACCGGCAGUAAUGAGAGUACGAACAGUGUAUAUAGUUUGGAUUCUCCCAGUAUCACAACGAAAUCUACAACUCCAACCACAACCUCGCUUUCAAGCACUGCAAGAGGUGCCUCAAAAAUUGAAGUCCAUGUGGAGAACGACGAACAAAAAGUGUCAAGUGACAGCGUUGAUUUGAGUUCAAGAAGGAUACGCGAUAUAAGCAGUAAGAAAUGGGAUAAUCAAGUUGAACAGGAGGUAUACCAGCAGGAACCGACGGAUUCUAUAACUACCGAGGUGGAAACGUCCGCUAACGGUAAAGUUUCAUCGAGCAUGGUAUCUAAUGUUGAAUCUCUGUCUGAUGAAAAAAGUAAACAUUACGUGAAACCGAUGCAGUUCCACAAAUGGUUACUGACUAUACUCCUCCCCACCUUCGAAAGGUGUUAUUAUUGA